CGUACGAGCACGUUCGAAGUUCAUGCUGGUGAUUUUCUGCAAUGGUGAACAUGGAGUACAACCUGCGACCACUUGUGUUUCAGGUUUUGAGGAAACUUGUUAGCGAAAUCGAUUCCCGCACAGAACCGUUCAAAAAGCUCCAGUUGUCACGGGAAAUUUGUGUAGGGCUCUUGGAUACAGAAGGACGGGAUGUACUUAAGCUUGGCGAUGAUUUUCCCAUGCAAAAACAAGAAGUUUCUUCAGGGUAUUUUGAGAAGCCGAUGUUUGUUCAUCUUGCUGACAAUUUAAGUUGUUGGCUGGAGUCAGGGAUAUGUCCAUAUUUAAGACUACAACAAAUGCAUCUUCUGAAGGAGACACCAGUAGAGGAGAGAAUAUUGAGAAAUGAGUCGAUCAUGCAUUUUCUUGACAAGAUUCGGUCAUUAUGGCCUUCUUUAUCAAAGAAUGCUCAGCAAGAAAGAGUGUAUGAAAUACUUUUGAUGCUUGGUGAUCGUGGUGUUUUGGAUACGCUCAGUAUUAGACAAACUGCUGGUAGUGUUGACAUGCUUCCACCAUCAAAAUCACAACUGCUUAAGACAUUCACUGCUCAGAACAAUGAGAAAGCAAAACUGACAGUAGGAGCUCGUGCUCUCGCUAAACAUUGUCAUCGAGAUAGUUCAUGUAACUGGUGGGGCUGUUCAACUGGCAAGGAAGACGACAAGAAUGAAUAUGCUUUGUCUGUUGUAACUAGAAUUCUUGAAGAUGCAUCGUGGAUCAAUGUCCAUAUACUACCACAUGAUAUUAAGGUGGUCGAGGUUCGAUCCAGUGAAGGUUAUGGUGCACGUUGGACGGCAGAUGGUUUAGAAUUCCGGGGAUUUCUGGAGCCACAAAUGGAGGAUGGUCAUGCUAUGGGAUGGCAGCACUAACAGGAAUUUCCGGGAACACAACAAAAUAUAUAGGAUAAAACCAGUUGUCUAUGUACUGUAGAUAGAUGCAACAGUAUAACAGACUUACUGUACACGAUAAAACAGUUUUUAUGGUAGGUUAGUACAAGGUUAAAUUUAAUUUAUUUAAAUAGAUGCUAGGCAAUUUUCAAAACAAUUGAAU